CGCCCAGGCCGCGACCUGUCCCAAGUAGCCAACGUCACUCAGUCAAGUCAGUCAUUCACCACGCUCGCCACAGUCUGCUCCAUCUAUCAUGACAUAGCGCCGUUGAAGCCCGCCAGCCCAGCAUGUGGCGCGACCGAACGAAUCUCUUCAUUUCCUACCGCCAGUCCUACUCGCACCACCCGCAGAAGAAGACGCGCUAUGGCGGACCGGGCUCCAAUGGCUUCGGGGACAGCAGGCGCCUGUCUGAGGAGCGCCAGGGCCUCAUGUCCACGGGUGCCUACCAAGACGACGGCGACGCUGUCAUCGAGAUGGACCUGCUGCCUCCGCGAUGGCUAGAUAUACAGGACGAAAUCACCGAACACCUUGCCGACAUAGCCAAGCAGACACGCAAGCUCGACCAGCUCCAUCAGAAGCAUAUACUGCCCGGCUUCGACGAUGAAGACGUCAAGCGGCGAGAAGAGCGCGAGAUCGAGCAGCUUACACAGGACAUCACCAGGCACUUUCAAAAGUGCCAGCAGGCCAUUAAACGGAUAGCCACCAUGGUGCGCGAAGGCAAGCAGCAGGGCAACAUCAAACAGGGCGAGGAGGUCAUGGCGCACAAUCUCAACAUCUCGCUGGCCACGCGCGUUGGCGAAGUGAGCGCCAUGUUCCGCAAGAAGCAGGCAGCCUACCUAAAAAAGCUCCGCGAUCUCGGGGGCUUUGCCUCGCCGUUCCGUUCCGCCUCACCCGUGCAGAACCCCUACAACGAUCCUGCGCUCCAGGAAUCCGACGCCGACCGUUCUUUCUCGCAGUCCACGCUUUUACAGACAAAACAGCAGCGACUGCGCCAUGAUCCCAAUGAGGCCCUCAUUGCACAGCGCGAACGCGAGAUCGAAGACAUCGCCCAAGGCAUCAUCGAGCUGGCCAACAUCUUCCAAGAACUGCAGACCAUGGUCAUCGAUCAAGGCAGCAUGCUGGACCGCAUAGACUACAACGUAGAACGCAUGUCAAGAGACGUCAAAGAGGCGGACAAGGAGCUCACAGUAGCCUCCGGUUAUCAGAAGAGGUCCAUCAAGCGGAAGAUUAUGUUGCUCCUCGCAAUACUAAUCGCAGGCGUAUUCAUCCUACUUUCGCUCAAGCUGAGUCGAAAAGGCGGUAAUGGCGCGCCGGUCGUUCCACAGGUCCCAGAUGUUCCUCCUGCGGCAGCAAUACGACCCAGACGUCAGUCGGUAGCACUGCGGGCAAGUCGCGACUGGCACCGCCGAAAACGACGGUUAUGGCAAGAGGCAGCCGACAAUCCACCAAUGUUCUAGACGUACUUGCUCCUAUAGGACAUUGUUCAAUAUAGCACUUUUACUAUCAAUCAUCACGCCUCGUCAGUACGUGCAGCUAAUCAGCGAGAACAGAGAGCUCAAUGUGCGUCUAAGAAGAAAUUGCUCAGCUGCGCACCUUCCUAUUUAGCAUUGACGUCUGUUGGACACUGUACUACAGUGCAAGACAUCGCCUGCUUUAGCUCUGGUCCAGCACAGCCACACCCAAAUAUAUCAGUACCACGUGGUUGGUUCUUUGUAUACAUUGUCCCGUGGCGUCGCAACGUGGCGCUACAGUAGAAUAAUGGGUGCCGUGCGAGCUACUAAAUAGUCUUGAACGUUACUUCGUAUCAACAACUAGGACAGAAUUACGAUAAUCCAUAUAGUCGACAACAGUUAAGUGGACUGCAG